CUGUACCGUUUAGACUCGCUUUUUACUGCUGUCAGUCGAUCCACCAUGUUUUGGAAAUUUGACCUCCACACCACAUCCCACAUCGACACGCUCCUGGAGAAGGAGGAUGUGACACUAAUAGAGGUAAUGGACGAGGACGACGUCCUGCAGGAGUGCAAGGCCCAGAACCACAAGCUGGUGGACUUCAUCGUGAGGCCACAAUGCAUGGAGGACCUGGUCACCUUCAUCACACAGGAGCCCAACGCCGACGUAGAGGAGAAGGUCAAAUACAAGUAUCCCAACAUAUCGUGUGAGCUGCUCACGUCAGAUGUCAGCCAGAUCAACGACAGACUGGGAGAAGAUGAAAAGCUGCUGAUGAAACUCUACGGCUUCCUCAAGAACGAGCCCCCUCUCAACCCCCUCCUAGCCAGCUUUUUUUCUAAAGUCCUCUCUAUUCUCAUAGGACGCAAGCCAGAACAGAUCGUGAACUUUCUGAGGAAGAGGGAUGACUUCGUAGACUUGAUGAUCAGACACAUCGGGACGUCGGCCAUCAUGGACCUGCUCCUGAGGAUGCUCACCUGCAUCGAACCCCAGCAGCUGCGGCAAGACGUCCUCAAUUGGCUGAAUGAGGAGAAGGUGAUCCAGAGGCUGGUGGACAUGGUACAGUCCUCUCAGGACGAGGAUAGACACUCCAACGCUUCGCAGUCCCUGUGUGAAAUCAUCAGGCUUAGCAGAGACCAGAUGUUCCAGGUGCAGGGAUGCUCAGAGCCCGAUCCACUUCUGGCCACACUUGAAAAACAGGAGACCGUGGAGCAGUUAUUAUCUAAUAUCUUCGAAAAGGACAGGGAUGAGUCUGCGAUUGUCAGUGUGAUCCAGAUCCUGCUCACCUUGUUUGAGACGAGGAGACCUGCGUUUGAGGGUCAUAUGGAGUGCCCUCCAGGGAUGUCCCACCCGUCAUUCUCGGUCAACCACAGCAUCCUGGAGGCCGUGAGACCUCGACUCAAAGACUUCCACCAGCUGCUGCUGCAGCCCCCGAUGAAGAAUGUGAUGAAGACGACCUGGGGAGUGCUGGACCCACCGGUGGGCAACACCAGACUCAACGUGGUCCGGCUGGUGGCCAGUCUGCUGCAGUGCAACACACACAGCAUUAACACAGAGCUCAUAAACCUCGACACGCUGGGAGUCAUACUAGAUAUGUAUUUUAAAUACAUCUGGAACAACUUCCUCCACAUUCAAGUGGAGAUCUGCACGGCGAUGAUCCUGGCCAUGCCCCCGGCCCCAACAGACGUCCAGCCGGAGGCGGAGCAGGGCCACGUCCGGGAGAGCAUCCUCAUCAAACACCUUUUUCAAAAAUGCCAGUUCAUACAGAGAAUCGUAGAGGCCUGGAGCUCCAACGAAAAAGAACAGGCAGAAGGAGGCCGGCGACGAGGCUACAUGGGUCACCUCACAAGAAUAGCCAACUCCAUAGUCCACAACAGCGACAAAGGGCCCAACGGAGCCCAGAUCCAGCAGCUCAUCUCUGAGUUGCCCGUAGAAGACAGGGAGAAAUGGGAGGCGUUUAUUUCCGGGCAGCUCGCUGACACCAACAAAAGGAACACCGUGGACUUGGUGAACACUCACCACAUCCACUCGUCCAGCGACGAUGAGGUGGACUUUAAAGACAGUGGCUUUCACCAGGACUCCUCACUUCAACAGGCCUUUUCUGAUUAUCAGAUGCAACAAAUGACGUCCAAUUUUAUUGAGCAGUUCGGCUUCAAUGACGAAGAGUUUGCUGAUCAGGACGAUGUUGUGGAUAUUCCCUUUGAUAGAAUAUCAGACAUCAAUUUUUCACUGAAUACAAAUGAAAGUGCAAAUAUAGCUUUGUUUGAGGCUCGCUGUAAGGAGAAAAUCCAGCAGUUUGAAGACGCUGGUUCAGAUGAAGAGGACAUCUGGGAUGAGAAAGAUGUCACCUUCGCUCCAGAGGCUCAGAGACGGCCAAGGAGUUCUGGCAGCACAGACAGCGAGGAGAGCACAGACUCGGAGGAGGAGGACGGCAAGAGGGAUCCAUUCGACGUCUCCAAUCCCAGUACAGAUGACAGAAUGGAAGUGGACACAGGACCCGUGUGGACGGCCAACUUUGAUGACAUCCCCAUGGAUACGGGUUCGUCCACCUCCUCGGCCUCCAGCCCCAGAGACCCCGCCCCCCCCUCCCCCCUGUCGUCCUCCACAAAGGUCCUGCCCGACGCGGCGUGGAGCUCCUCCUCAGGCUCCGCCUCCAACUCUGAGACCGGUUGGGCUGAUUUCUCCGGCUUCUCUCCGCCCAGUCCCAAAGACCCCCUGAGGUGCAACUCUCCCGUUGCCAUGGAAACCAGCAUAGAAACCAUCGACCCUCUGGGGGUCAACGCACCGGCGGCGACCGAGGAGUGCGACGGCUGGUUGGGGACCAGCGCGGCUUCUCCUCCCGGCGCCUCGCCGAAGGAUUCUGGUUCGUCCAACGCCGAGGAAGAGAGCGGCGGCUCGGAGCAGCGCAGCAUCACGGAGACGGUCAUCAACGGCUCCAUGAAGGAAACCGUCAGCCUGACCGUCGACGCCAAGACGGAGACGGCUGUUUUCAAAAGUGAUGAAGACAAACCCGCGUCCUCAGAGAAGUACCUGGCGUUGGAGUGCGUGGAUUCAGACGUCAACAGCUCGGCUGCGGCCUGCUGUCCCAAAACGGGUGAGAAGUGCCGGGCCCCGGCGGAGCUCCCUAACGGUCCUCUAACGGAGAUUUCUCCAGUAGAGGAGGCCAAGCUGGACAGGAGCUCGGCCCCCCUGGAGCAGGCGGUGAACGGGCCGGCGUGAGUUUCCCCGGACGCCCACCAGCAGCCAGCUCGUUCUGCCUAGCAGUGCUCUGCUCAGAACUGAACCGACUCCACGCCCCUCCAGGACCAGCAAUACUCCCAUUGGCUCAUCACCAACAGACCAGGUGUACAGAAAACAGGACGAACUGAGAAAAACUAAACCAGAGACAGACUCACUCAAAUGCAUACAGAAUCAUUUUUCUGCAUUUGUUUAUAUACUGUUGUUCCUAUGAGGUGAUGUGCGAUGGAUAUCUUGACAUUCAAAAUUAAAUAGUAAUGUUGCUAUAGUUAAAGAAAUGAUUGUAUGAAUAAAAUAUUUUGUAAAAAGACGCAUGUACACAGGAGAAUAAGAUGAAUCAGCAAAACGCCGGGAGGCACCGAUCGACACGCCGACGCCUCACAGAGUCCCAGGUCCACUUCAGCCUCCAUCAGCGGGUCUGGGUCUGGAUCUGGAUCUGGNGGUCUGGGUCUGGGUCUGAGUCUGGAUCUGGGUCUGGGUCUGGAUCUGGAUCUGGAUCUGGAUCUGAGUCUGGAUCUGGAUCUGGGUCUUAGUCUGGAUCUGAGUCUUAGUCU